CUUGCAAACGAAUGCUUCGCCUGGGACAUCACAGUUCAAGCAUGCGUACAAGACAGCGUAUUCCGACCUCCAACCUGCGUCUAAAAAAAUCAUCCCCAUAGCACGCCACAGCAGCAUCGACAGCGAAUUUGCUUACGAUUACAUUGAUGAAUACACAGUCACAGACUGUGCUGUGAGGCUACUUGGGACUCACAUGCUUGACGUGUGCUUGUCGAGACCGUUACCUACCAUUCACUACGCACUAUAUUCACCACUAUGGUCGACAGUAUAGAGCUCCUUGAGUGUCCACUCUGCGACUUCACGGUCCUGCCGACCGAUGACUACAUUCUCCAAUUGCAUUUUGAGCAAGCGCAUACAGAAGACAGCCCUUUCGUAGUCAAGGAUGACCCAGAGCCGCUUCUACCUUCGCUUGGUUCCUCCUCCAAGUGCAAGCACGUGCAGGACACGACUUCCUCUGACGACGACGAUGAAAACACAGUCGCGUGUCCCGAGCCUGAUUGUGGUGAGUUGGUCUUGCUUGACGACUUCAACGACCACCUUGAUUUCCACGCCGCAGAAACAUUAACAUCCACGGAAACUUACCACUCUCACCAUUCAUCCAGCAGCAUGCACAAGCCAGCCGCUACGCACCAUUCUCGUAGGCGUUCAUCAAAAGCCGCUACCUCAGACUAUCGAUACGAUACAGAAUCAUUAGACGGCUCGCAGACGCGCGACAAUCAUGACAAAACGAAGAAGCAUCAUCCUCGCAGUCGGAGAGACACCGACAGCAGCGAAAAGAGCACGUUGGCCAGAAGCAUUUUGAGUUUCAAUCCAUUUUCCAAGUUGGAUAAGUUAGUGAAGCCGCCCGUGAAGAGUGCGCGUCUUGGAAAAUCAGAACUCGGCCCUCAUGCUUGGGAAGAACGCAUGCCCCGAUGGCUCCAUGAGCAGCUUGCGGCUGGUCCUAAGAUCACCACUGUAAAUCGCAUCGGUCGGGAUGGCCGUCUAAUCAAGCAGGAACAGGUGCAAAACGAGACUCCAGGCGUUAUUCCCAUCCUUGCGCAGCUGUCCGCUCUGGACCGCACCGUCAAAGAAGCAUAUUACUGUCACCCAUCGACACUUCAUAUUGGCAAGACUCCAAAGGAGGGCAGCUUCUGCGGAUACAGGAACAUCCAAAUGCUCAUAUCGUACAUUCAAGGCGCCAAAGCGCAAGGCCACGAAGAAUUUCCGAGCCGACUACCUGGGAUCCUCAAACUACAGGAGAUGAUCGAGAGAGCCUGGGACAAAGGUAUCAAUCGUAUUGGCAGGAUUCAGACAGGCGGUAUUAAGGAUACCAGGAAAUAUAUUGGGACCCCAGAAGCUCAAGCGCUUUUCCUCAGCACCGAGAUCAAUUGCGCCGUCGAGAUGUUCAGUGACAAAGACACGCCGCACGGCAAAGUUCAAGCUCACGACCUACUCCUUCUCGCUGUCGAACGCUACUUCGCUCAAGCUGCUGUCGACGAUGGUUCUGGUGUACACAAGACCCUCCUGCCACCAAUCUAUCUCCAACGGCCUGGCCAUUCGCUCACUAUUGUUGGAUUCGAGCGUCGCAGCGACAGCUACUGCAACCUCGUCGUGCUUGACCCUGUCUACGCAACAAGUCCGGCUAUGCAUAAGUUGAUAGGCAGAAAGAACAUCAAAAGUGCGCGACCUGAGGUCAUGCACGCUUACCGAAGAGGUCCUUCGCAUCUUAGAAAGUUUGCUGCUUUCGAGAUUCUUAUACUUACCGCCACACCGCCAUUAUUUCCUGUUUGGGAUGUACUUCGUCAAUUCCCUGAUUGCAGCUAUGUGUACGCCUUCUUUCGUGCUCGGACUCUGGGCUAUGACGUUUAUCCAGAGGACUACUUUCUUCGUAACUUUCCAUGGCAACAGUACGGCGGUCUCUGGAUUGUCAAUGAAGCCCGUUUUGCUCGCGCAGAGCCAGUGAAUCCACUUACUGCUCAGGCUUUGCGACGUAUUACCGGCGCGGGGGCGUCACUCCCUGCCAGCGACAGUUGCAGCCCCAUCAGCUACUUAACCAACAGCUCAUUUGGACAUCGACCCGUCAAGCCAGCAGACCCACAGAGCAGUGUCUACAGCCAACACCACGCCAUUUCAGCUUUUGAUGGUUCUGCCAGUGGUUUCGUCCCUACCUCUGAUCAUUGCAACAACCAGCCUGUAUUCAACAUAGGGGGUUCAGUAGCCAUACCACCCCAGCCAGACGUGCUACGACCAAAUCUGACUCUCUUGACCGAGGUGAGUCGGAGAUAUCCAGGAUUUCCGAGCCCCUUAUCUCCCACUCUGAGUGCAAAGGAGUUGUAUCCAACACCAACAUCGGUUUGUGGAAGCGCAGCUACUAUGCCUCGCAACCCAUGUCCGACUGUGCGUUCUAUCAGCCCCAUGAGCCUCGAUGGGUCCAACAUGUGUGGCCCGUCGACGCGCUGCAGGUCCCACAACUACGAGCACUUUGCCUCGCAGAUGGACAAUAUCGACAGCAUUCUUGCUCGAAACAACACCACAUACCAAGUUCGGCCAACUUCCCGUGCUUUGUCGAUGUCUUCCAUUGGUCCUGCAAGCCCAACAAGCCCACAGCGGGCCUUGUCACCACGCGCGAGUAUGCUGCGCCACAUGGCCGCCACACAAGCGCUUCGCAGUCCGAAUGUUGUCCCGGGUCCUGGAACGCAGCCCUCGCGCCGCGACAGUGUCAUCAGCAAUAUCAGCCUUUCUUCGACCUUCUCAACGCCAUCCGUAUUCCCCAUCUCCUCACGUUCAGCUCAUGAGCAAGCUACAUUAUCAGCGUGUCCGUCUAUUCAAAUAGCCAACGGCACAGAGUUCGAGACAGGGUCACCAAUAUCUCCUACCGGUACGAUGCUCUCGUACACGUCUAAUCGCGCCGUCGACUCGGGACUCUUAGCUAUUCCAGCUUUAAGCGAGCCUCAAGUGGCGGAGUAUCGGUUCUGGGUCCCUUGUGGGCGACGUUCCUGCGCAUUCGGAUGUGGUGGCGCACAUGAGGGAGAAAAUGCUGCGGCGAAGAGGCUCUUCAAAGGGUUGGAUAAUGUUGUGGAGCUGAAAGCGGUGGACAAAGGACAUGGAUUUGGACGCCAUGACGACAGCUUCGAGCAAGUGCAGACAGGUGCACCUCAACAGGAGCCACGGUACGACUUUGGCAGGGUGGGUAUCACAAAGCCGGUCGAGGAAUGGAGGAAAUUUUUGAUGAAUAAGGAGAGGGAUGUGAGCGUCGCAAGGGUUUGAUUCAGAGUGCUUGAUACCAAGUAACUCGGUUUGACGAGCGAAGAGGGAUGGUGUUUAGUUCAGAAACCCGGCACUUUAUGACUUUACGAUGUUAACGAUCCUCGCUCCCAGGAGGCAACUGGCGUUGGAUUAGG